AAACAACUGGUUUGCACUUUCUUCACAUAACUCUACGCACUGCAACCCAGUUUUGCCCUAAAAUUUCAUCCACCAUAAAUGGCUUUCAUUCAGCCUCCAACGAACCAGUCCGAACUUCCCGCCAAUCUUCCAAUCCUCACCCAAGUGAAAACCCAUGAUGCAUUAUUCACAAUCCACCACAAAUACGAGUUCUAGCAGCAGCGGCGGCGGCAGUAGUGGAGCUAGUGGCAGCAUUGCCUCUGUUACUGCCGGGGCAGCACCCCCCACUAGGGGGCGUCACCCAGUUUAUCGUGGAGUAAGGCGUCGGAGUACUGGGAAAUGGGUGUCCGAAAUUCGCGAACCCAGAAAGCCUAAUAGAAUCUGGCUAGGCACAUUUCCUACACCUGAAAUGGCUGCAGUCGCUUACGAUGUGGCAGUAAUUGCUCUCAAAGGUCAAGAUACCGAUCAACUAAACUUUCCCAACUCAGCCUCUUCUUUGCCCGUGCCCGCCUCCACUUCCCCACGUGAUAUCCAAGCAGCUGCAGCCUCUGCUGCAGCUGCUUUAGGUGCUGCAGCAGCUGCUAUGGGAGCUGCAAAAGAUGCUUCAACCGUGAAUGAGGGUGAUGGAACACAAAAAGCACUAGAACCAGAAAGACCAGUGUUUGAUGAAUUUGUUGACGAGGAUUUGAUCUUUGACAUGCCCAAUGUUCUUGUGAAUAUGGCUGAAGGAAUGCUUCUUAGCCCACCUCGCUUGGACGUCGCUGGCGACGAUGAUGAAAACACUGAUCAGGAUCAGAACCUUUGGAAAUUUCCUUAAACCACCAUAUAUCUACAACAGCAUAAUCAUCAAUAUUUUCCGCCAAAAACAAAACCUGAAGAAACUUAACCUCUAUAAUAUACGAAGGAGUCUUCCAUUGAUAAUCUAAAAUGCAAGAUGGCAACAUCAAUUGCGUGUGA